AUGUGGACUACGAGCUGCUGCUCAGUGGACUGCAAGCCUGUGCUGAACGUGCCUCAAAGCGCGACAAACUUGGAUCGAAUUUCGAAGACCACCAAAGAAUUGUUUGAAAGGGGAAGGACUUUGAGGUUUAAUCCGAAUGCAUUACACAUUGAACGGUUAGGAGCAUUCACUAAAGCACGCUGCAAAAAAGCGUUGCAAAUGGAUCUUCCGAAUGAUAGACAGAAGAAGAUUUUGGAAGCAGCACAAAAAACAACGAUUCUCAAGAAGUGCCUCAGGAAUUUCUGCGAAUAUAGUACUCCGCUAUCUGCCUUGCUGAGCCAAGAGUCGCACCUCUUCUCGCCGCGAAAUGGAAAUCAUUACGGAGAGGCUCUGUCGAACCUUUUCCGUUCAACAAUUCCUGUGUCAAGCCCGACCAUCUCCACUGGUGAAGCUCCACCACGGAUUCUCCUCUCCAAGGUAGUACUCGAUAUCUAG